CGGUGGGGAGGGGGGGCGCGGAGCGUGUGUCACUCGCUCUCUCCCUCUGUAUAUAGAGGAUGUGCUGAAUGGUGCGCUCGGAGGCGGCGGCGGCCGAGGAGCGGUAUCCGGCGGCGGCAGGCAGCCUGCGCUGCCCAGCUCGGCUUCUCCUCGCCCUCGGAAGCUCCGCAGCCACCGCGGGUGCCCGACCCCGCGUCCCGCCCGGGGCAUGGCCGGGCGCCUGGCCCCCGCGUGCCCCGCUUGCUGAGCCGCGCCGGACGAGGUGUGGAGGCCGGGAGGCCGGCGCGGGGACAGAGUCGAGAGCCCCUGGAGCGGAGCGAGGAGCCCGUGCCCAGCGCCCCGUCCCUGCCGCGAUCGCCCGGGCCGCCCGGAGCCCCGAUGAGCCCAGAUGGCCGGGGCUCAGCCCGGAGUGCACGCUUUGCAACUCAAGCCCGUGUGUGUGUCCGACAGCCUCAAGAAGGGCACCAAAUUCGUCAAGUGGGAUGAUGACUCCACUAUUGUCACUCCAAUUAUUUUGAGGUCUGACCCUCAGGGAUUUUUCUUUUACUGGACAGAUCAAAACAAGGAGACGGAGCUGUUAGAUCUCAGCCUUGUCAAGGAUGCCAGAUGUGGGAAGCACGCCAAAGCUCCCAAGGACCCCAAAUUACGGGAACUUUUGGAUGUGGGGAACAUCGGACGUCUGGAACAUCGCAUGAUAACAGUUGUGUAUGGGCCUGACUUAGUGAACAUCUCCUAUUUGAACCUCGUGGCUUUCCAAGAAGAAGUGGCCAAGGAAUGGACAAAUGAGGUUUUCAAUUUGGCAACAAACCUGCUGGCCCAAAACAUGUCCAGGGACGCAUUUCUGGAAAAAGCCUAUACUAAACUUAAGCUGCAAGUCACUCCAGAAGGGCGCAUUCCUCUCAAAAACAUAUACCGCUUGUUUUCAGCAGACCGGAAACGAGUUGAAACUGCUUUAGAGGCUUGUAGUCUUCCAUCAUCAAGGAAUGAUUCAAUACCUCAAGAAGAUUUCACUCCAGAAGUGUACAGAGUUUUCCUGAACCAUCUUUGCCCUCGACCUGAAAUUGAUAACAUCUUUUCCGAAUUUGGUGCCAAAAGCAGACCAUACCUUACUGUUGAUCAGAUGAUGGAUUUUAUCAACAUUAAGCAGCGAGAUCCCCGGCUAAAUGAAAUACUUUACCCACCUUUAAAGCAAGAGCAAGUCCAAGUAUUGAUUGAGAAAUAUGAACCCAACACUAGCCUCGCCACAAAAGGACAGAUCUCAGUGGACGGGUUUAUGCGCUACCUGAGUGGAGAAGAAAACGGAGUCGUUUCACCUGAGAAACUGGAUUUGAAUGAAGAUAUGUCUCAGCCCCUUUCUCACUAUUUCAUUAAUUCCUCGCACAACACCUACCUCACAGCUGGCCAGCUGGCUGGAAACUCCUCCGUCGAGAUGUACCGUCAAGUGCUCCUGUCUGGUUGUCGCUGUGUGGAGUUGGACUGCUGGAAAGGACGGACUGCAGAGGAGGAACCGGUCAUCACCCAUGGGUUCACCAUGACGACUGAAAUAUCCUUCAAGGAAGUGAUAGAAGCAAUCGCUGAGUGCGCAUUUAAGACGUCACCUUUUCCAAUUCUCCUUUCAUUUGAGAAUCACGUGGACUCCCCGAAGCAGCAGGCCAAGAUGGCAGAGUAUUGUCGGCUGAUCUUCGGGGACGCCCUUCUCAUGGAGCCCCUGGAAAAAUACCCAUUGGAAUCUGGAGUUCCUCUUCCAAGCCCUAUGGAUUUAAUGUACAAAAUUUUGGUGAAAAAUAAGAAGAAAUCCCACAAGUCGUCGGAAGGAAGCAGCAAAAAGAAACUCUCAGAACAAGUCUCAAACACGUGCAGUGACUCCUCCAGCAUGUUCGAGCCCUCAUCUCCCGGAGCCGGUGAGGGGCUGGGGGCCCAGGGGCUGGCAGGGGAAGCUGAUACGGAGAGUGACGAUGACGACGAUGAUGAUGACUGUAAAAAGUCUUCAAUGGAUGAGGGGACUGCUGGGAGCGAGGCCAUGGCUACAGAAGAGAUGUCUAACCUGGUGAACUAUAUUCAGCCAGUCAAGUUUGAGUCAUUUGAAAUUUCAAAAAAAAGAAACAGAAGUUUUGAAAUGUCUUCCUUCGUGGAAACCAAAGGACUUGAGCAGCUGACGAAGUCUCCGGUGGAAUUUGUAGAAUAUAACAAAAUGCAGCUUAGCAGGAUAUAUCCAAAAGGAACACGUGUAGAUUCAUCCAACUAUAUGCCUCAGCUCUUCUGGAAUGCAGGCUGUCAAAUGGUUGCCCUUAAUUUCCAAACAGUGGACCUGGCUAUGCAGAUCAAUAUGGGAAUGUAUGAAUACAAUGGGAAGAGUGGCUACAGAUUAAAGCCAGAGUUUAUGAGGAGACCUGACAAGCAUUUUGAUCCAUUCACUGAAGGCAUCGUAGAUGGGAUAGUGGCCAACACUUUGUCUGUUAAGAUCAUUUCGGGUCAGUUUCUUUCUGAUAAGAAAGUCGGGACUUAUGUGGAAGUGGAUAUGUUUGGUUUGCCUGUGGACACGAGGAGGAAAGCGUUUAAGACCAAGACAUCCCAAGGAAAUGCUGUAAAUCCCGUCUGGGAGGAAGAACCCAUUGUGUUCAAAAAGGUGGUUCUUCCUUCACUCGCCUGUCUGAGGAUAGCAGCUUAUGAAGAAGGAGGAAAAUUUAUUGGUCACCGGAUCUUGCCAGUACAAGCAAUUCGGCCAGGCUAUCACUACAUCUGUCUGAGGAAUGAGAGGAACCAGCCUCUGAUGCUGCCAGCUGUCUUUGUCUACAUAGAGGUGAAAGACUAUGUUCCAGACACCUAUGCAGAUGUGAUUGAAGCUUUGUCAAAUCCAAUUCGAUAUGUGAAUCUGAUGGAGCAGAGAGCUAAGCAACUGGCUGCUUUGACACUGGAAGAUGAGGAAGAAGUAAAGCCUGAUCCUGGGGAAACGCCGUCAGAAGCUCCGAGUGAAGCCGGGACGACUCCAGCAGAAAAUGGAGUAAAUCACACUACAUCCCUGGCACCCAAACCUCCCUCCCAGGCCCUCCACAGCCAACCUGCUCCAGGUUCUGUAAAGGCACCUGCCAAAACAGAAGAUCUUAUUCAUAGUGUUUUAACAGAAGUGGAAGCGCAGACUAUUGAAGAGCUAAAGCAACAGAAGUCGUUUGUAAAACUUCAAAAGAAGCACUACAAAGAAAUGAAAGAGCUGGUUAAGAGACACCACAAGAAAACCACAGACCUUAUCAAGGAGCACACUACAAAGUAUAAUGAAAUUCAGAAUGACUACCUAAGAAGGAGAGCGGCUUUGGAAAAGACAGCCAAAAAGGAUAGUAAGAAAAAAUCGGAACCCAGUAGCCCUGACCAUGGCUCAUCAACCAUUGAGCAAGAUCUGGCUGCCCUGGAUGCCGAAAUGACCCAGAAGUUAAUAGACUUGAAGGACAAGCAACAACAGCAACUGCUUAAUCUUCGACAAGAACAGUAUUAUAGUGAAAAAUACCAGAAGCGAGAACACAUUAAACUGCUUAUCCAAAAAUUGACGGAUGUUGCUGAAGAAUGUCAGAACAAUCAGUUAAAGAAGCUCAAAGAAAUCUGUGAGAAAGAGAAGAAGGAAUUAAAGAAGAAAAUGGAUAAAAAGAGACAGGAGAAGAUCACAGAAGCUAAAUCCAAAGACAAAAGCCAGAUGGAAGAGGAAAAGACAGAGAUGAUCCGGUCAUACAUCCAGGAGGUGGUGCAGUACAUCAAGAGGUUAGAAGAGGCACAAAGUAAAAGGCAAGAAAAACUCGUAGAGAAACACAAGGAGAUACGUCAGCAGAUCCUGGACGAAAAGCCCAAGCUGCAGGUGGAGCUGGAGCAAGAGUACCAAGACAAGUUCAAAAGACUGCCCCUGGAGAUUCUGGAGUUCGUACAGGAUGCCAUGAAAGGGAAGAUCAGUGAGGACAGCAAUCACAGCUCUGCCCCUUCCUCCCUGGCCUCCGACGCUGGAAAACUGAACCACAGGUCUCCCUCCAGUGAGGAGCUGGAAGGAGAACGCUCGGGAAAAGAGUUUGAUACUCCUCUGUGAGUGUUCCUGCCAGGCCUUUGGAACAUGCAUGGCCUCUCAAGCUCCAUCGGACUCUCUCUUAUUACAAAGAUCACUGCCCGGAGCAUCUUCCCGAGAAGCAUCCCUUAGCCCAAAAUCCACACCAAAACUAGAGUUCCAGAAGGAUCCACGCAGACGUCCCCAGGCCCAAGCGCCAUGUGCAAUGUGGAAACAAAUGCUAGGUCUCCUAGUAGAGAGUGCAUGUAUGUGGGAUUUUUGUUUUCUUUCCAAUAGUAAACAACGCAGGCAACUUCCAGGCUGCAUGGACCAUCUAAUGAAGGACUGUGUCUUCUUUGAAGAAAAUCAAGCUCAUGUUUUUAUUUGAAGCUCUGGUAUAAAAUAGUUGCAAAGUAAUAGAAAUAGUUUGAGAAAUGCAUAUCAUUAUUUAACACUAUUGAACAACCCACUUUGAAUAUUGUUUUCCUACCUGCCACUCAACUACCAUAUCUUCAAUUUAACGUGCAUUUUUUAUUGUUUCGUCCUUUGCUUUGCAAGCACCGGUGGCUUGCAGUCUGCUAAUUUAUUUAUCAUAGAGGCCUCAGUAUAUUUGCUGCUGACAUGGCUUUCUCAGAUAUCAUAGUGAUUCAAAUAAGCUGGUUUUCUUUCCUGAAAAAAAAAAUUACGUGAUUGUAUCUUUGCCCAGUGAAGUUAUUCCCAGACUUGGCAGUAUGGCUCGUACACUUGGCUGCAUGAGCAGGUUGGCCACACUCCUCCAGCCAGUGGGCUAUCCGAGUUGACUGUUUGCACUCAAAGUCUGGGUAUUCAUUAGUCAUUGGCCUGAAAUGUAUAAAUAACUACAUAGAAUAUGUUCAGUUGAAUAAAAAUAUUUGAGCCAAUAUAUGUUGAGCAGAGAUUCAAUCAGACUAAAGAGGUCCCAGUGGUUCUUAAUGUCUGACAUUAUUUUAUGGUUCAUUUAUUUUUAAUAGUGAUAAAGAUUGAAUAUUUAUCUAAAGAAUACACAGACCCAUAUAUAAAUGAUAUAUAUUAUCCCUAUGUAUAUAUGUACACACUCAGCCAUAUAAAUACAGACACAUGCACUACACACACACACACACACACUCACACAUUCAUUUGAUUGUUGAUGUGUGACAAUGACCCAAAACUCUUCCACAAGACUUAAAACCAAAUUUAGGGAUAAGUGGAUAGAGUUGAAAAUGAUCAAACAUCUAGAUUUCAUGGAUAAAUCAUUGAUAUUUUAAGAAACAAUUGAUGGAGUUAUUGAUGCAAGUUGAAUUAGAUUUAGAAUUUAGAAUGUGAAUUUGAUAUAUAUUUUGCAGGAUCAAAACUGGAUUUUAAACCUGUUUCAAUAAUCAGAAUAGACAAAAAUAUAUAUGACAGAAAUAUGGGAAUGUAUUAGUAUCUUCCAUAAUUAUUAAAUCUGAAAGAUUUCAUUUUUACUAUAACAUAAAAAAUACUUCAUUUAUAUAUUUAUUAUAUACAUUUAAUUCAUUUAACUGUGUUUUUUUUGUUAAGUUCUUAUAUUAGGUGGCAUGAGAAAAACAAAGCAUAUCAAGGUAAAACUGAUCAAAAACAUUAUUGAAAAGUCUUAAAUAAGAGAGAAUAAUUAUAUAAAGGAAAAUAUAGUUUAGAGAGUAACACAAAGAACAUUGAAGUUAAAGCCCUGAAGCAAGAUGCUCACAGCUUUAGCUUAAAAUAAACCUGCCUGAUUGUAGCUUAGCAAAACAUUUUAAAACACAAAGCCAGUUGUGUCCUAAAAAUUAUUUCAAGAAUUUAAUAUUUUUAUGGAAAUCACUUUAUUUAACUUUAAGCAAUAACUAAGGAUCACAAUUAAGUUUUAAUCAAAAUGAAGGCUUAGUUCAAACAUUAGGAAAAAGUGUUUGAUUAAAAAUACACAUCUAGUGAGACACAAGGAGGAAAAUCCCAUCCUCUUUGGAAAUGAUAGUAUUUUGAUCUGAAAGAUAUGGGGUAUUAAUUAGACACUUAAUACAACUUAACUUCCAUUGAAAGAGAUAUCUUUUGUAAAUCAUUCUACUUUUGCACUUUGAAAGAAAGGCAUUAAUCAUGAGGAAGUAAGAAUGGUCAAAAUCGAAUGCUGCAUUUUUAUAAACAAAAUUACAGACUGUCUAAAAUUGCAGAAGCGUGAACUAAUAAUAGCAUUCAUAACCAAGCGCAAUAGUGAUUAUUACCGCAUAUUGUAUUACAUUUAGUCCAGAGAUAGACUAAGGUUGAGUAAUCUUGACUUACACAAAACUGUUUUGGUAGUUACAUUUCAUUAUCUUAGUGACUCUAAUAUGUUUGUAUUUGGCCAUUUAUUGUAACCACAUUUUUAUAUCUGUACAAUGACACUUUUGCAGUUGUGGGGUAGUGUGUAACACUGUCCAUCUUGCAUCAUUGAAACUACUACAGUGAUAUUAUCAUUUAACAAUAUUAAUAUUACUUGAAAUAGACAAAGGUAAGGAAAAGGGGUCUAUAUGAUGUGCAGUUUUGUGCCUUUAUGUAUCUGCCUUGUUCUUUGUUGAAUGUGUGAAAUUCUGUACUGUGGUUUUUCCUAUAAUAGAGAGUAGAGCUGUGUAUUAAAUUAGCCUGUGCCCCUCUGGUACCUGUACACUACUGAGAAUAGCGUGGUUUUGGCCGUGUAAACCCAUUUUCAAAGUUCUGAUGACAUACCAUGUGAUUUGGUUUUUAACAUUUCACUUUAACAUUUCCAUAUCACCAUGCAUCAAUUACUAUUCCUGUAAUAGUUAAGCAGUCAUUAAAUAAUUCCAAAAGAAAGGGCCAUUGCUUGCAUUACUUUGAACUUAAUGUUGUGCUUUGCACUGUAUACAUAUUGCUUGUGAUGGAUUAGAUAUCGUGACCUUUGCCUUUUCAGAAGAAAAAAAAAGGACAAAGUAUUUGAAGCUCUUAAAAUGUACAUAUUUUGGUUCUCCUAUCUCAAAUUAUUUAAAAAGCAUAAUUCACAUUUUUGUAAUAAUUCUAUGCAAUUUUGUGGCAUGAUGUUUCUUCCACUUGUAAUUUUAUGUGCUUUCAUCACAAAUCCAAAGGAAAUAAUAAAACUUUCUUAACACAA